AUGGACAGCUAUUUCAAUACAUCCUCUGUACAGACCAUGAACUACACUGUGGGAAAUGGUUCUGGGUCGGCCUCUUGCGGCUUGAUGGAGAUCUCCGCCCACCCAUUCUUCACCGUAACCUACUCCCUGGUCUUCCUGGUGGGCGUGGUUCUCAACGGCUUCACGGUGCGGGUCUACUUCUGCCGAGCCCAGCGCCACCAAUCCAGCGUGACAGUAUAUAUGCAGAACCUGGCCGCGGCAGACUUCUUCCUCAGCCUGUGUCUGCCUCUCCGCAUUGCCAACUACGCCACCCACAACUCGACCAUCAUGCGCCACGUGUACUGCAACUUUGGAGCCACGGCCUUCUACCUCAACAUGUACGCCAGCAUCCUCUUCAUGGACUACAUCGCAGCCAACAGGUACCUGAAGAUCGUCCGUCCUCUGGAGACCCACACCCUGCAAACGGUGCGUGCUGCCCACUACAUCUCCAUGGCAACCUGGCUCACCCUUCUGGCCUCAUCAUCUGCGCUGCGACUCCUCCAAAGCACCCAGCUUCUACUGCUCUACAAGAUAAUCCACAGUUUCUCGGCCGCCAUCUUCCUCUUUGUUCUGUUUUCCCUCGUCUUCUUCUACUGGGGCACCAUCCUCAGGCUGCGACAGGCGCAGCUGAACCAGCAGAAACAUCUUUCCUGUGGAUCCGGAAGGAACCUCAGCCGCUCCAAGAGAAACAUGCUAGUUCUGGUCACUGUGUUCUGCGUGUGCUUUGUGCCGUACCACCUGGUGCGCCUGCCCUACGCCUUCAUCCGGCCCUUCUUGCACAGGUGUUACUGGCAUCAGGCCUUCUACUACAUGAAGGAGCUGGCAGUGCUGCUGUCAGUCCUCAAUGCCUGCCUGGACCCACUCAUCUACUUCAUCUUCUGUAAGACCUUCAGGGCCCAGCUGGGCAUGCAGAGGCGUCUUAGUAUAACAAUGGCACAGCCAGACAGUACAGCUCCACCGCCAGGAGCUAGGAGAAUUAGCCAGGGGAACCUGACCACCCUGCCAUGCACCCAGACAAGGACUUCGUUCAGCAUGUCGAGACGGGCCAGUGUAAUUUAG